AUGUCGUCUGCAGCAGGCGGCUCGCUGCAGGACCGAACUCUUAACAAAGUUGCUUUGUGCUCAGCUGUUUUCGCUGGAUUUGCAUACGUUGGAUACUCAUACGCUAAAACUGCUUUUUGUAGGAAAUUAGCGAAGAAGCCGGGAGCUUUGGAAGAUGAAGAUACAGAAGUAUCCAGAGUGGUGUUUAGGAGGCUGUCACAAACCACACAGACAGAUGUCCUUCUGGGUAACCUAGACAUGAGUGGCACUUCUGGUAAAAUUAUCAUACGACCCAAAACUGUGCAGGAAAGAAUUCGGGAACUCAACUUAAAGGCAAGGCAGUUUGCAGAUACGUUUAUUGCAAUUCAGACAGGCAAUGGACAUGCUGGCCAUGCUGUCUCACGCAAUUCAGCAAUUCAUGAUCCAAAGAGCUUACAGUCAUCACCUUGGAAUUCACCAAGACUUCUCAGCCCUGUUGAUGUCAGACAUUUGAUAACAUCAAGAUCAACAGAAAACCUCACCCACAUACCCCCGGAUGGAUCACCAAGCAGACCGAAAUGGAGACGCAAAAGUUUACGGAAGAAGAAGGCAGAAGAAAGUAGUGAUCCCGAUGGAAAGCUCAGAAAAAAGAGAGUUGAAGCAGAAGCAUUGCAACUUUACAAAAACACAAGAGAUGAAUUAACACAAAGACUUGAGCAUCUUAGUAGUAGAGGAAGAGUUCUAACACCAUAUGAAGCUAAAAGUUUGGUUGCUCUACUGUACUCUGAAGAUAAAACACUUAUAGAAAGAGCUCUUGUAACAAUUGCCAACUGUGCAGCAUUCAGUGUUAAUCUUGAUUUUUUGCGAGAGGUUGGCUGUAUUCAUCGUCUAACAACCCUCUUAGAAGAUAAUGAAGUACGAUUACCAGCUGUACAAACUCUGGGAAAUGUAGUUUUGUCUGAAGAAAAUAUACGCCAAGCCAAGGAUUGCCUUCCAAUUCUAAUGGGCUUUGUGCAGAAUAGUCAUGGUGAUGAUGCUCUACGCUUAGCUUCUUUAGUAGUUCUUACAAAUAUUGCCACUAUUAGUGAGUGGCAUGAGGAUUAUUGCCCCCUGCUUCAUAGACUCUACCACCUGGUUGACAGCCCCAACCCUCACAUCCAGCUUCAGAGUCUCAGAUUACUAGUCAACUUGUCAUGCAACAGAGAGAUGAUUCCUUCACUGCUGGCAGCAGAGGGUCCAAGGAAACUCAGCUCAUUAGUUGUUCCGGAAACAAAUGAGGCAAUAUUAUUGCGUGUUCUCACCCUGCUAGCAACUUUAGCACAUGCAGUAAGUGAAGACAAUCUGAAUCCCAGUGUGGACCUGCCACCAGAAGACAAAGCAGCUGCUCCUGACACCAUGUGAGUAAUACAAGCAGUUGUAGUAAUAUUAGCCACUUGUGUUUGGAGUUUACAA